UCGCCGCGCUUAAACCCUCAGAAACCUAAUACCACACGCUUCUCCUCUGAUGCCCUCUCUUUCCCUCUCUUCUCCUCUGUGGCUACGUCUGUGCCAACCACUUGCGGCGCUUCCAAACUCUUCUCUCUUGCUUUCCUCCGUCCGAUCAGAGGGUUUCGUCUUAGUCCGGACCUUCAAUCAACCAUAGGUGGAUAAAAGGGGAACUUUGUUAUAGUAUUUGUUGUUUUAUCCAACCGAAAUGCUCGAAGCUGUUUACAGAAACAGCUCAAUCGAGUGGAAGCCAUCCCCUGUUGUAGCUCUAGCCACUAGCGCUGACGACUCCCAGGUCGCUGCCGCCCGUGAGGAUGGCUCACUCGAGAUUUGGCUUGUGUCUCCUGGCUCCGUUGGUUGGCACUGUCAGCUGACUAUACAAGGAGACAGUAAUUCGAGAGUUUCAUCACUGGUUUGGUGUCGAGUUGGCUCAAAAGGAAUGCCAUGUGGCAGGUUGUUCUCAUCAAGUAUUGACGGUUCAGUUUCAGAGUGGGAUCUUUUUCAUUUGAAGCAGAAGACUGUCCUAGAGUCGAUUGCAGUCUCAAUUUGGCAGAUGGCAGUGGAGCCUUCUAGUAAUCCGCCAAUUGAAAAAGAUCUUGAUUCCAAGAACCUUGGAAAUGGAUAUUUAAAUGAUAAACAGAAUAACAUUGAUGAUUGUCAAUCCAGUGAAAGUGAAGAUGAUUCAGACUCGGAUGAACUUCAUGAGCAAUCUGUUGUUGAGAAUCCACGUAUAGCGAUUGCUUGUGAUGAUGGCUGCGUGCGGAUAUACACUAUUCCCGACUCAAAUGAGUUAAUAUAUAACAAAACGUUGCCAAGGGUCAGUGGGCGAGUUUUAAGUGUGACGUGGAGUUCUGAUGCAAGUAAGAUGUAUUCAGGGAGUAGUGAUGGAUUUAUAAGGUGCUGGGAUGCUAAAGUGGGUCAUGAGAUAUACAGGAUUACAGUUGGGCUUGGUGGUUUGGGUAGCGGACCUGAACUUUGUGUAUGGUAUUUACUUGCCCUGAGAUGUGGGACGCUUGUUAGUGCAGACAGUACUGGUAGUGUGCAGUUUUGGGACUCUCAGCAUGGGACACUGUUGCAGGCACAUUCUUCUCACAAGGGUGAUGUGAAUGCUCUGGCAGCUGCACCUAGUCAUAAUAGGGUGUUCUCAGCUGGAUCUGAUGGUCAGGUUAUUCUUUUUAAGCUUUCUAGUGAGAUGGUUGGAUCUAGUGAAGAUGUGUCUGCUAAAGUGAUGAAGAAAUGGGUAUAUGUGGGUUAUGUAAGAGCUCACACUCAUGAUGUUAGGGCACUGACAGUGGCAGUACCAAUAAGUCGGGAAGAUCCAUUGCCUGAUGAAAAGGUAAAAAGAAUUCGUAGUAGAAAGAGGCCUGUUGAUUUUAGUUAUCGUAAGUGGGCCCAUCUGGGAGUUCCCAUGCUUAUCUCUGCUGGUGAUGACACGAAGCUCUUUGCCUAUUCUGCCAAGGAAUUCACUAAGUUCUCUCCACAUGAUAUCUGCCCUGCACCACAGAGAGUGCCUAUUCAGUUAGUUCUUAAUACUGUAUUCAACCGGAAUUCUUUGCUUCUAGUUCAAGGAUCUUAUUGGCUAGAUAUUCUCUGUGUUCGUGUGAAAAGUGGAUUCAUGCCAGAUAGUGGUCCUGGCCCUUCUAGAGGUCAUGCAGAUACAGAUUUGCUAGCUCGAAUUAAAACUAAAGCAUCUCGGAAGAUCAUAUGCAGCAGCAUUUCUAAUACGGGAACACUGUUUGCAUAUUCAGACCAUGUUAAACCCAAUCUUUUUGAAUUGAAGAAACAUAGUGGCAAAACUGCAUGGACUGUUAACAAAAAGCAACUUCCUCAGAAAUUACCAUAUGCGCAUUCCAUGGUAUUUAGUUCUGAUUCUUCAAGGUUGAUGAUAGCGGGGCAUGAUAGAAGAAUAUAUGUUGUGGAUGUGGGCAGCUCAGAACUAAUGCAUACCUUCACCCCUCAGCGUGAAGAAUGUGAUGAGGAAUUACCACCCACUGAGCCUCCUAUAACUAAAUUGUUCACCAGUGGUGAUGGGCAGUGGUUAGCUGCUGUCAAUUGCUUUGGAGAUGUAUAUAUAUUUAAUCUGGAGACACAAAGGCAACAUUGGUUUAUGUCAAGAUUGGAUGGUGCCUCUGUUACAGCCGGCGGUUUUCCUCCUCAAAAUAACAAUGUGCUUGUAAUCACCACCUCUUCAAACCAGGUUUAUGCAUUUGAUGUGGAGGCAAAACAAUUGGGAGAAUGGUCCAUGCGGCAUACAUUUGUUCUGCCCAAGAGAUACCAAGAAUUUCCUGGGGAGGUUAUAGGGCUUUCAUUCUUACCUUUAUCAAGUCCACCUUCUGUCAUCAUUUAUAGUGCCAGGGCAAUGUGCUUGAUUAACUUUGGGAUUCCAGUGGAUCGAGAGGAGGACAAUAAAUUGGUAAACAAUCAGCAUUCUCCGUUGAAGAAGUUACAAAAUGCUCUUAUUAAUGGGAGAUUGAAACGUAGGUUGAAAGAGUAUCAAACAGAGGCUAAACAUCAAAAAAAUUUUGAAUUUCUUGCUUUCAGAGAUCCUGUUUUGUUUAUUGGAAACCUUUCUGAAAAUUCUAUUGUGAUCAUAGACAAACCAUGGAUGGAUGUGGUUAAAACUUUCGAUGCCCCUCCUGUACACAGACAUAUAUAUGGGACAUAACUGCUAUGUGGAAGGUAGUUUACAGCCUCAGAUGGGAGAAUGCAGAAGUGGCAAUUGAUCCCAAAAUUUUGAUAUUAUAUUAAAGUUUUUCCAUACUGGAUGUGAUUGGGGGAAUUUUGGGGGUGAGGGGAUCCAAGGCAUGUUGUCAAUUGUAUUCCUAAAAUAAUUUGUGACCUGUUAAAGUAGCGUUUUCGUCUUUUACCAUAUUUUUCUUUUAACCAUUUUCAUCUUCAUGUGUUUGAUCUGUAAGUGCAUAAAUUUAGUCAAGCAGUAAAAUCUUUGUUCUUCUAUCA